AGACCGUUAUGAAUGUCCCGGUCACUAAAACCCUCACAAUCCUAACUCCCAACGCUAGAACCCCAAAACUCCCAAGUCCCAAACCAUGCCGAAUCACCUUCUCCUCCGCCGCAUCCUCCUCCGCCCUCCACUCUCCUCCUCCGCCGAAUCCGGCGGCGAUAGGCUCUUCAUCUCACCUUUCCACUACUCCCGAUCUUACGCCACCGCCCAACCAUUUCACGAAGACAAACAAAAGCGCGGCAAAAAGUGGUUCACUCUACCUCCGUUCACUGACUCCGUAAACGGCGCCGCUUUGGGACGAGAGCUGUCUCGCAGCGUCGGCAGAGAUGUGUAUGCUAAACCCACAGCCGCCGCAGCCACGACGGCGCUUAAAUGGGUCACCAGGUGCUGCCCUGAGAUUCCCAGAAGCCUUGUCCAGAAGCUCUUUCGGUUAAGACAGGUUCGAAGAGAAGCAUCUGACAUGGAUCAAGGUGUUCAAGCACUUAAAAGGGUGGGGGCCAAAGACUCGAUGAACUUAGGAGAUCGAAUUUGUCUUCCUAUUUCUGUGAAACAGUUCCCUGAUGAUAAACAAGAAGAGGGACAUUGUAGUGAAGAAGAAGUCAAGUUUAUUUGUAGUCUCGUGUUGUAUAAGGAUCCAGCGAUUGUUGUCAUCAAUAAACCCCCUGGAUUGCCUGUUCAGGGCGGUAUUGGAAUCAAAAGGAGUUUAGAUGAACUCGCUGCCACUUGUUUAAGUUACGGCUUUUCAGAACCCCCUCGUCUGGUACACAGACUUGACAGAGAUUGUAGUGGUAUCCUUGUGAUGGGACGGACACAAACAAGUACAACAGUUUUGCAUUCCCUCUUCCGUGAGAAAACUUUUGGAGCUUCAGAUGAUGUUAUCGACCAUGCUAAAGCCAUUCUGCAAAGAAGGUAUUGGGCACUCGUCAUUGGAUCUCCCAGACAACAAGAGGGCUUAAUCUCCGUGCCUUUAGGAAAGGUGGUGGUAGACAAUGGUAAAUCAGAUAGGAUCACCAUUGUGAGUAAGGCACAAUGUUUGCCAUCUCAACAUGCACUUACAAAGUACAAAGUGAUUGGAUCAUCAUGUCCUGGUUUCACAUGGUUAGAGCUAAUUCCACUUACUGGUCGAAAGCACCAGCUGCGUGUACACUGUGCAGAAGUUUUGGGAACACCAAUAGUCGGAGACUACAAAUAUGGAUGGCGAACGCAUAAGGACUGGAAACCUGUUGCUUGGUCUAAGAUUGAAAGCCAUUCCAGUGAGGGGCAUUCGAAGAGAAAAAACAUUCCUUUUGAUCUCAAUAUGGACAGUGGAAGUAUUGCCGAAAAGAAUUUGCGCUUACAUCUUCAUUCUAAGCAAAUGGUUUUGCCUAAUGUGUCUCUGGCUUUGCAAAAUGUGAAACUGCAUGCGGAGUGUGAUCUUUCAGGACUAGAAGGCCUAGAAUUGGUUGCUCCUAUGCCUUCAUACAUGCAAAAAAGUUGGGAUAUUACAAAUUCUGGUUUUGACGGGUGAUAUUACACAUUCUUAAGCUACAACUAGAAUUUUCUAAAUACUAUUAUUCUUUGAGAUUUAAGCAAAACUUGGCAAUCCAUGGGUGGACUUGGUGAAAACAUUUCGCGUUAUAUCCUCAUUUUGCAGUACCACUCAAGUAUUGAACAAGGUGGCCUGACUACCUUAUGGCUUCCAAGUUACAACUCCUAAUUGUAAACGAUGUAAGCUAGUUUGUUUUAUACAAGCACACCCCUGUGUCGCAUCACCCGAAUACCAAUGCUAAAUAUCUUUGGAGAGCUGCCCAGUAUCUCUGUACUUCCCGCUUGUUUUAUGUUAUCCUGGCUAAUAGGCUAUAUAUGAAAAUAACUACUGCGUGUUUAGUUUGAUAUUUGAGGUGUAUUAAUGACAGUUUCCUUUUAAUAGCCACUCAACUACG